UGAAGGCCGUCUGGCAUACCUUCAAGGUAUAGCCAUUGAAUAAAUAAUUUUACUUCUUCAGUGGUAUAGCCUACCUAUUUCAAAAGAUUCCAGAACUCUAGGACAAUUUGCCUAAAAGUGGGUCAUCUCUAUUACCUAUUCUGUAGCAAAACUAGUUUGAAAUAAUAGGCAGGUAGGUACCCAAUCUGCAGUGUACCUGUAAGUUUUGAGUACCUACCUAUCACAAGUGCUCAUUGAUUCUUGUACCUGCCUAAUAUCCAUCAUAUACCCAGUCAUGAUUUGCUCUGUACCCAAGGACGUAUCUGGAAAUGCACGAACACCAUUGUAAAUGUAUGCGGCAAAAUAAAUAUUAACAUUUAAGACCCAAACACACAUUCCAACAUGGUCGAAGGGGAAUCAGGGAAAGAGGCGAUACUCGCCCAGAACAUCCCCUCCCGACAGGCAAGCGAGCGGUGAGUCGGAGAUCCCACACGUCGGAAAAUGGUAAUCGGAAACGAGGAUGCGCCUCCGAUAGCAUCCAGAUCCUUCGUGCGAGAAGAGGAGUCCCGCGCGUCCAGGGACAUGAUUUUGGUCAUUUGCGUGCAGCUAAAUUACUAGAGCGGUUUAUUGAAAGCGUUACAGAACAGCCCCCAAUGCACAGUCUUGAGGGGUUCAGCCCAAUGGAGCUGAAUACACAUCUUACUAGAUUUAUGGAAUCGGAAAAAGACAAAUAUCGUGCAGAUAUUUUGAUGUAUAUAUGUUUAGAAAUACAGCGAUAUUUAGGUACGUGUGGGCAUGUGUCAAAUAUCUUUAUCCAUUCCCAAUAUACGGAGGCUAGAAGAAAAUUAAAUGAGUGUGCUCUGUCGUCUUUGAAUUGUGAUAACAACUAUAUUCGUACUAGUUGCGUUUCCGAAAAUUAUUUGUGGGAAUCCGGUCACUUAAACAUACAGUCACCUUAUGCCUUGUUAUGGACGGUCGUGUAUUAUAUAUUGAAAAAUUUUAAAUUGCCAACCGUUGAAGAGCACACUUUACUGGAGUUACGAAAUUUGUCCAAAAAUCUAAUAUACAGCUCUAUUCCUGGUGUAGAGCUACUACACGCAUAUUAUUACUUUGAACCAAACGGCUUAGGAGACUACAAUUGCAUACAUGAACUGGCUCCGAAUAGGUCAAAUAUCUCACGAUGCCCCUUCAAAAUUAUGGAGUUUUAUUUGUCGAAAAGUCCCCCAUCUACGAGGAGAAGUUCAUUCUUUUACCUAAAGCCGGUCGCCAAUUACCAGGACAGUGAAUAUUGGUUUGAACCUGAGCCCCUUCCUACUCAAGGUUUAAGCCAAAUUAUUAACAGAUUCAAGAUGGUGUACGAAAUUAUGGAUAUUUUUAUGACAGAUGGUGUUGCUCGUUUUGUUCCUUGGGAGAUUCCCAUGCCAUUUGUUAAUUCAUUGGUUCGUUAAUUUGCCAAGUCAAUAAAAAUGUUAUUACUUAGUUAUUACUUGCAAGUCAUUUGUA